AUGAUGAAAGAGACAUUCCGGAGUGCGUUUGACAUAGUUUCACGUUUGCCAAAGGUCAACCUUCCCUCUCCAAGAACAGUGCUGCAAUUUGCGCUAGGAACCUCACAAAUCCAGUUCUUGAAUGACCAGCCCAUCCGCCAAGAAGCAAAAGUAACAGACUUCCAGUCUUGUCCAAAUCCACCGCAGCUCAGCUGCAAAGUUGAUUUUAUCUCGCAAGACAGGUGUUGCUUCAAUUAUCCUGGCGGCCAGUUAUUGCUAACCCAGUUUUGGGACGCGGAUCCUCCAACUGGCCCUGCAGAGGAAUGGACAAUCCAUGGGCUUUGGCCAGAUCAUUGCGAUGGGAGUUAUGACCAGUUCUGUGAUGCCAAUCGCCGCUUUAAUAAUAUAUCGUCAAUCAUCGAGGAGAGUGGCCGAGUCGAACUCUUGGCCUUGAUGAAAACGUACUGGAAGGAUUUCCGUGGCGAUGAUGAGAAUCUAUGGGAGCAUGAGUGGAAUAAGCAUGGGACUUGCGUUAGUACCCUGGAGCCCAAGUGCUACCCAGAUUACGUGCCGCAGCAGGAGGUUGUGUCAUAUUUUCAGAAAACGGUUAAUUUGUUUCUUGGAUUGCCUUCUUACGAUAUCCUUUCUGCUGCUGGUAUCCACCCAUCAGACACCGAAACAUAUGAACUCGAUGCUAUUGAGAAAGCUUUAAAGACUGUACAUGGCGUGGAUGUGGUUGUCAGAUGUCGAAAUGGCGCACUCAAUGAGUUAUUUUAUCAUUACAACAUUGCUGGGCCGUUUGAGUCGGGAAGAUUCGUCCCCGCAGCUCCAGUCGGAGGAUCAUCCAAUUGUCCUAAACAAGGAAUCCGUUACAAGCCCAAGAAAUCCCCUAGCAGAACCAUUCCCCUGCCAACUGGGGUACCUCCAAUUGGAAUCCCGUUUGUUGGUAAGGGUAACUUGAUGGUCAAAUACUCGGGAAGACAACAUGGCUGUAUCAUCAGUCGCGGUUAUUGGUUUGUGUCAGGGACAUGCGCAACGUUUCGCACGUUACCGGCUUCCGAAGAUUCCUUCUUUCUCGAAUCAAGUAAGGGCCUCUGCGCCUUCAAUGGUGAUGAUGGUUUCGUUUGUGAUGCAGAUGUAGAUGAGCCAACGGCUUUUACGUCAUUAGAUGACAAACUAUCUCUGAAUGAUAAAACCGUAUUUUACGCCGACAGUGUCCCGAAACGACAAGUGCAGGGCUCUAUAUAUGAAUCACAAGGGCAACACCUGCUACCCCUAGAGAUAUACUGGCGUGAGGUUUAG